CUGAACUGCUACUAGUCCUUGGAGAGUCAUAACAGAUAUGAUCCCUGAUCAUACCCUUCUUUGGAAGCAGUAACUGAUCUGAACACUUUCCAGGAUUAAAUUAUCCUUGCACAGGAGGAUCUUAAACCUUCAAGAACAGUUUUCUCAGGGUCUCUAACUUGCACUGAUCUCUUGCAGCUUCCAGUGUAGAAGGAUCAUUCAAAAGAGUUCUACAAUGUGCUACAAUGUAGCAGGAUACUUGUGUCUAUUUACAGCUGUACUAAAAGUAACCCACCCAUUUAAUGUGGAUGUGAAAAAUGGACUAUCAUUUAGUGGAUCCGUGGAUGACAUGUUUGGAUACACAAUUCAGCAAUUUGAAAACGAGGAGGGGAAAUGGUUGCUCAUAGGUUCACCACUGGAAGGGCAACCAAGUCGCAGAACUGGUGAUGUAUACAAGUGCCCAGUGAAUUCUCCAAAUGCCUGUACAAAGCUGAACUUACCAAAAUUUACAUCAAUUUCCGGUGUUUCUGAAAUAAAAGAGAACAUGACCAUGGGAUCCACUUUAGUAACAAAUCCAAAUGGUGGAUUUUUGGCAUGCGGACCUCUAUAUGCUUACGGAUGUGGAAGUCUGCAUUAUACAACUGGCAUUUGUUCAAAUGUUAGUUCUAAUUUUCAGGUUGUAAACUCUAUUGCUCCAACAGUUCAAGGGUGUAACACACAACUGGAUAUAGUGAUUGUCCUGGAUGGAUCUAACAGCGUUUAUCCAUGGGAUAGUGUAACUGGUUUUUUAUGGAAACUGUUACAAAAAAUGAAUAUACACCCCAGUUUAACACAGGUUGGCAUAGUUCAGUACGGAGAAAACAUAACCCAUGAAUUUAACCUGAACACAUACGAUUCAACAGCAAGUGUGUUGGAGGCAUCAAUGAAAAUAAUUCAAAGAGGGGGAUAUCAAACUAUGACUGCUCUUGGUAUAGAUACAGCACGACAAGAGGCUUUUACUGAAGAAAGGGGAGCACGCAGAGGUGUUAAAAAGGUUAUGGUGGUCGUAACGGAUGGAGAGUCACAUGACAGCCACCGAUUAAAAAAGGUUAUCGAUGAAUGUGAAAAAGAAGACAUUCAGAGAUUCUCUAUUGCUAUUCUCGGCAGUUACAACAGAGGAAACUUAAGUACAGACAAGUUUGUUGAAGAGAUAAGGUCAAUUGCAAGCGAACCAAAGGAAAGACAUUUUUUUAAUGUCUCAGAUGAAGUCGCACUGUCGAGUAUUGUGGAAUCCUUGGGAGAAAGGAUAUUUGCCCUUGAAGCAACAAGCGAUGCGCAAACUGCAUCUUUUGAAAUGGAAAUGGCCCAAACAGGACUGAGUGCACACUACUCCAAGGACUUUGUGAUGCUUGGAGCAGUGGGAGCUUAUGAUUGGAAUGGAACGGUAGUGAUGUUGAAGUCUGAUACAUUUAUAAUAGCCAGCAAUCGUACAUUUAAAACGAGAGAAGAUGAAAGGAAUGAAGCCCUGGCAGCUUACCUUGGUUAUACUGUAACAUCUGCAUCUGUACUUGGAGAAGAAAUUUACAUUGCUGGACAGCCGCGAUACAAUCAUACCGGCCAAGUUAUCGUUUAUAGGAUGAAUGGGAAAGCAAUAGAAGUAUUACAAGCAUUAAACGGCGAACAGAUCGGUUCAUAUUUUGGAAGUGUGCUUACAACUGUGGAUAUAGAUGGAGAUUUACUAAGCGAUAUUCUCCUUGUUGGAGCACCGAUGUAUAUGGGCAGUGAUAAGCAAGAACAAGGGAAAGUGUAUGUAUAUAAUAUUCACCAGAAACAGUUGGCAUACAACAUGAGCCUUGAACCCAUGAAUCAGUCGUGUUGCACUAAAAUAAAAGACCCCAGCUGUAAAUCUGAAAAGCUGAAUGAGCCCUGUGGGUCCCGCUUUGGAAUGUCCAUUGCUUCGGUGAAAGAUUUAAACUUGGAUGGAUUCAAUGAUGUAGUUAUUGGAGCUCCGCUGGAAGAUGACCACCGCGGGGCUGUAUAUAUUUAUCAUGGAAGUGGGAAAUCAUUAAAGAAAGAUUAUGUUCAGCGUAUUCCUUCAGGUGGUGAUGGAAAGAAAAUCAAAUUCUUUGGGCAAUCCAUACACGGUGAGAUGGAUGUGAACGGGGAUGGUCUCACUGACAUCUCUAUUGGAGGAAUUGGCGGUGCUGCCCUUUUCUGGUCUCGUGAUGUGGCUGAGGUGAAUGUUGCCAUGCAUUUUAAUCCCGACAAGAUCAAUAUUGAAAAGAAAAAUUGUAAAAUCAAAAACAAAGAAACCGUAUGCAUUGAAGCCAGAUUCUGCUUUAAAACAUCUUUAAAAUCAAAUGAAAACAAAGAGAAUAACAUUGAAAUUGAGUAUAAAAUGACUCUUGAUGCACACAGACACUCAUCUCGGGCAUUUUUUAAAGAAAGCCAGGAGAGGAAACUACAAAGAAUUAUUUCUGGAGAUACCUGCGUGGAAUAUUCUUUCUAUAUGGCGGAUAAACCGGAUUUCCUAGACUCUGUAAAUGUCUUGGUGGAAUUUAAUUUUCCAGAUCCAGAAAAAGGCCCAGUUCUCAGCAAUGAAUUACCAAACAAUGUCAAUGCAUAUAUUCCUUUUACAAUGGAUUGUGGAACAAAACAGAAAUGUAUCACGGAUCUUGUGCUAAGUGCCCAUGGAGACAGCUCAAGCCAAAGAAUUAUAAAAUCAAGCAAGGACAGAUUUAAUGUGACUUUAAGUCUCAAAAACAUAAAAGACAGUGCAUAUAAUGCCAGAGUAACGGUGAAGUACUCUCCAAAUAUUAUAUUGGCUGGAAUAGAGGAUAAACAGAAAGUAAGCUGUGAAUCAGACAUUGAUGUCAUGUGCAAAGUUGGAUAUCCCUUUCUUAGAAAGAAUGAAGCAAUUUCAUUCAACAUAACAUUCCAGUUCAAUGUUUCACAUAUAUUGGAUAAUGUUUACAUAUUCAUCAAUGCAACAAGCGACAGUGAAGAACAGCCAGGGACUUUGAAGAAUAACAAAAAGAACAUUACCUUUCCAGUGAAUUAUGAAUCCUGGCUGACAUUUGCAGGUACUGCAAAAGAGAUCCAAGUUUCAGUCCCAGCAAAUGAAUCCAUACCCGAUAUAAUAAAUUCCACUGAAGCCGUGGGACCCGAAGUUAUUCUUAACUAUGUGAUAAAAAGGGAAGAUGAGAUUCCAAUGCCAAAGGUUACUUUCCACCUUUCAUUUCCUUACAAAACUCCAGAUCAUAAUACACUCCUAUAUCUCACCAAUGUGUCAUCAUCUAAUAAUGUGAACUGCAGUGUUAAUCAUCUCUUGGAUCCUUUGAGGCUGCAAUCAGGAAAGUCAUAUAUAAUGCCAAAGUUUACCGAACACUCAAGGGAUACAAUAUUGGACUGCAAGAGAACUAAAUGUUCUUCAUUCAGCUGUACAGUGGAUCCGUCCGAUGUUACUCAAGUCAAUGUCUCACUAAGAAUAUGGAAAUCAACAUUUAUUAAGGCCAGUAUCCACAGCCUGAAUUUGGUCCUAAGCGCCAUGCUUAAAAGCGAAAGUUCGAUACUCGUCUUAAACCCAGAGAGUGAAAAUUAUGAGACAAUGAUCAAAUUAUCCAAAGAACUGGAGCAUGGAAAAGUGCCCUUUUGGGUUAUUCCACUAAGCAUUAUUAUUGGACUACUCAUUCUGGCGCUGAUUAUAUUUGCAAUGUGGAAGAUGGGCUUUUUCAAGAGACCCUUAAAGGAGAAGAUGGAUGAAUAAAUAAUUCUUAUAUAUGUUUACAAUGUUUUUAUUAUACUUGAAUCCUGGCUCAGGCUCUGUGUUGGCAGAUAGUGAUUAUAGAAUGUGUUUAAUUUUGUUUUGUGAUUUUUGCCAUUUUCAGCAUUUUGGAAUUUAAAUUAAUGAAGCUUUUUAUGUAUAAAAAUAUUUGAAUGCAGUUGGGUCCCACAGUGAGGGCUGGGUUCCUCACGAAGCUGACAGCUAAUUGUCCAACUUAGAAAGAAGUAGAUGUAGCUUGUUAGUCCAACCAUUUCUUAACUAUUCAGCAACCCACUGGUCAUCCUCCACCCAUAUUUAACAAUGCCCUCCCCUCCCCCACCCACGUCCCACCCACAUUAUUUUGAUAAUUAACCCAAACCUUCUAGGUACGGUUUUUUCUCAGUAUAAUAUUUAUUAGUAUAAUGGCAACUAGGUAAAGGUGUGUAAAUAUUACACGUCUGUGAAAUGUGGCUAAUAGACAGCUUGCAAAGAUUGAGAAGGCUGAGCCUGACUGAUAGGUUGGGAGAUGAGUAAUUUAAGGGUGAUACUGAAAAAGUAGUGAGACAGUAUGGAAUAAGAGAACGUUAAUCAUAUAGAAGGUGCUAUUGACAAUAUGGUUGAUAUGAAAAAUAUAAAAGUAAUAUCAGGGUUUGAAAUCGAUGGAGUGAAAUUACAUGUUGGCAAUAACAGGCAGAAAAACUGUUUUAGUUGUAAGGAUUUUUGGUUGAAAAGACCACUAAAUAGCAACUUUAAUACCCUUUGAACUAUUUCAUUGAAAAGAAGAAAAAUAUGGGAAGUUUCCAAAGAUAAAAUUAUCCAAAGUUGCAACCUAUUACUUUAACAGACCUGAUCAUACAGGUAUCACAAGUAAUAAUCUUAAAUAGGUACAGAAGAUCUUAUUCUUCUAUAAAAUGACAAAAUUAGGAAGUGUUGGCCAUCUUUACUUAUACUUAUACAUAACACAUGUAUCCUGUGCCAACAUAUUGCCCCAUUUGUACA